UCUUGCCAGUGUACAAGCACUUGCUCUGCGAAAGCAGGAAGAAAAAGGACUGGAUGUCCUUGCAAAACAGCCGGUCGCUUCUGCGGAGAGGCCUGUUGGUUCAGUCGACGAAAGCCGUGCAAGAACAGAGAGGUGGGGAAACAAGGCUCGGUUGAGGUCUAAAAUUCGCUAGUAGGAAGUACUAGUACAGUUUGCGAUUUCUUUUUUAUCAUGUGAAGGCUGCAUCCGUGGCAUCCCAAGGAUGGGGAUUCGUGUCAGGCCAAACGGAUAAUGGUCUUACGGAGGAGCAAGAACGGGACAUGGAAAAUCGACGAGUGAAGGUACAAUACUGAAUUAUAAUUCAUAGUCGAUGGCACAAAAGAUAGUCCUUCAAAAAUCUCAUCUGCUAUUCCUUUAUCUAGUAAGUUUCCCUUGUACAAGUCGCUGAUCGUUGCUUCCCCUAAAUGGAGCAAAUUGUCUUUUGUUUUAGUGUCUCGUUUGUGUGUCAUGUUCUGAGGUGUGCAAGAUUUCUUAGGGAAGUCCCCUUUUUAUUUAUUAUUUUCUCGUCGAUUACGCUCUUAAAAGAAUCUAGGUGUCAAGCUUCGACAGAAUGUGAUAAAAAGUAAUUGUCCAGCUACUCUAACAAAUUAUUGCACUAUUUUUCAACCUCACAGGAGUUUAUCCAAACCCUGGAUGAGGACCUAGCAAAAAAACUUGCUACAAGAGCUCUACAGAGGGGAGUGGGCAGCAUGGACUAUAUAGAUAUGCUUCUUAUCCAGGAGGACCCAGAAGAUGAGAAUGAUGAUGCCGCUCUCCCAUCUUCCCUUUCUCUAUCCCCCCAGAAGUGUCAAGUCCAGCACCACCGAACCCCGCCCAAUCUACACCUGCAUCCACCCCAGCCCACCCCCUCGAGCAUAUCUGGAACAUCAACUUCAGGUGGGCCCUCAUCUUUCAGGCCACCGCCAACAGCAUCUAUGGCAAGGUCAAGUGAACCAGUGCCUGAGUGGUGCAAAUGUGGACUUUGCCGCAGAAUGUCGCAG